CUUUGCCUUCGAGGAGUCGCCCCUGUGAGCGGCGGCGCGCAUGCGCGUGGCGUUAGCAACGCAGUAGCGUCCCGGGGGGGAGGGGGGCAGCUGGGCGCGUGCCUGCCUGCCGGGAGGCGUUGCUGAGCCUUCGCCCGCAGGAGACGGCGGGAGCGCGCGCUGGCGCCGGUUGGGGGGAGGGGCGCUUGAGCGCGAGGUGCCUCCCCCCCUUGAAGGGCCCUGAAGAGGAAGGUGGUUGGAGGUGGGGGGAGGAGAGGCGCCCCCCCUCUAUGAGUGGGGAGAAAGCGGCGCAUUGCUGAGGGGAGGGCGUGUGUGAGAGACCCAUGGGGGGAGCCCUAGUUUUGGUGAGGGGCCCCCUCUGAGGACCUUGAAAGGAGAAGGGGAAGACCCAGUCUUGCACCUCACCUGAGAAAGGUGGAAAAAUUAUUAAUUUUUCGAGGUGACCCUUUUUAAAACCUGGUGAACAGGUUUGAGGUGACUGGUUUUUUUAUUACUGGAUUUUUAAAAUAGAGAUUUCGUGUAGAUGAGUUUCUCGAAGUGGGGCUUUGAUUGGGAAUCGCUUGCUUGAGGGGGGAGAAGGCAGGUCCCCCCCCCCCGAAAGAAGCAGAUCUGGUCUGGAAGCUUAUUUGGGUGGGGGGUGGCUGUUUAAAGAAGGAUAGUCUCUUUCAGGGGUCUUUCUGAAGGGGUGGUUGUUUAGGGCUGCCUUGUAGGGGUCAUGAGAAAACCCUCUGUAGGAUCUCUUUAGAGUUAUCGUUAGUCUUUGCAGAGCCUUUUAAAAAGAGGGAUAUUUCUGGUCUGGGUCCGUGGGGAGCUUUUUCAGUAGGCGGCCUGAACUUUUUGAGGUUAGGGUCAGUGCUCAUCCCCUUGCAUAGGCAGCUGGCCCUGUGAAUGCACACACAUCCUGCUUCCUCCCUCCCUGCUUUUGCUGUUGCUGUUUAUUGACCUUACACCAGGGAAAUGUCGGAGCUGAGGAAGCGAGGAGCUGGGGGAGAUCAUGAAGCCGAAAGCAUCACUGACAAGGAUGUGGAUGGAGAGGAUAGAUUUGGAGAGCAAGACCUCAGAAGUGAUGCAGAUGUUCCUGAAGUUGUUCCGCCAACAGACAGCACUCCAGAAAUUUUUAAAAAGGCCUUAUCUGGCUUGUCUUCCAGAUGGAAGAAUUGGUGGAUUCGUGGGAUUUUAACUUUAGCUAUGAUUUCCAUUUUUUCCCUGAUCAUAUACAUGGGUUCAUUCAUGCUGAUGCUGCUGGUCCUGAGCAUACAAGUAAAGUGCUUCCAUGAAAUUAUUACUAUAGGUUACAGAGUCUAUCAUUCUUAUGACUUGCCAUGGUUUAGAACUUUAAGCUGGUAUUUCCUACUAUGUGUGAACUACUUCUUUUACGGAGAGACUGUAGCAGAUUAUUUCGCUACAUUUGUUCAAAGACGAGAACAACUUCAGUUCCUAAUUCGAUACCACAGAUUCAUCUCUUUUACCCUCUAUCUAGCAGGUUUCUGCUUGUUUGUGUUGAGUUUGGUGAAGAAGCAGUAUCGUCUGCAGUUUUACAUGUUCGCAUGGACUCAUGUCACUUUGCUGAUCACUGUAACUCAAUCUCAUCUUGUCAUCCAAAAUCUGUUUGAAGGCAUGAUCUGGUUUCUUGUUCCAAUCUCAAGUGUUAUUUGCAAUGAUAUUGCCGCUUAUAUCUUUGGAUUCUUCUUUGGGAGAACUCCACUGAUUAAGCUGUCUCCCAAAAAGACCUGGGAAGGCUUCAUUGGUGGCUUCUUUAUCACAGUUGUUUUUGGAUUCAUCGUUGCCUACCUUUUGGCUCAAUAUCAGUAUUUUGUAUGCCCCGUGGAAUACAACAGUGAAGCUAACAGGUUUGUCACAGAGUGUGAGCCUUCAGAACUGUUCCAGUUACAAAAAUACUCCAUACCACCAUUGCUACAGGUUGUCUUGGGAAGGGAAACAGUGAACUUGUACCCAUUCCAGCUGCACAGCAUUGCUUUGUCAACAUUUGCCUCCUUAAUCGGACCUUUCGGAGGCUUUUUCGCUAGUGGCUUCAAAAGAGCAUUCAAAAUCAAGGAUUUUGCGGACACUAUUCCUGGCCAUGGUGGAAUAAUGGAUCGCUUUGACUGUCAGUACUUGAUGGCUACUUUCGUGCAUGUCUAUAUCACCAGUUUCAUAAGAGGACCCAAUCCCAGCAAGCUAUUGAAACAGCUGUUGGUACUCCAACCAGAGCAACAGUUAAAUGUCUACAAAAUGCUGAAGUCGCAUCUCAUUGAAAAAGGGAUCCUUCAGCCAUCACUGAAGGGGUAGGAGGACCAAACUGAGGACUACAAAGCGAGGCACAGCUGGAAAAGCAGGUUUUUCUUGCGCAAAGCAACGUGCGUUGGACUGAAGCCAGACUGUGAGUCAGAAGAUAAGAAUGUCUAUUACUGAGAUUACUGUGAAUAACCAGGAGGCCAUGCAAUAGUUAAGUUUUUCCUUUUUUAACAAUUGCAUGUUUUGGGGCGCAUACGCCCCCCCCCCCGAGUUUGAAGUAGUGAGACUCGUUCUUUUGUUUCCUGCUUCACGGUUUUUUAAACAGUUAUGUGCACACUCCUGCACAAACUAAAGGGACAUUGGGAGUGUGCAGUUACUUUAUAUAGACUCAUUUUAUUGCAAUAAUAUUAAUGACUCCAGCUCAGUUAAUGACACUUUUUAGUACUGUGUUGAUACCAUCAUAAUUUUAUGCGACAGAAUGACUGAACUUUAACCAAACGGUGGUAGAUGUUCUCGUCAUCCUAUGCCAUAUUGCGUGUACAAAAUAGGAAAAGAAACCCGCAGCGAGGAACGUGCUGAGGCAGAUGUUUUCCUGCACUGGAUCCCUCGGAUUGGUUUUGUUUCCGGUGAUGAGGAUAGCGUCAACUGGACUCUUAUGAAAGGGGAAUGCCUUUGGGGAGGUUGCCAGGACCAUCCUGGUAGGAUCUUAAUGACCCGUUGGAGCCCAGGCGUCUUCUUUACCAGCACAUCCUGUUUUGGGACUUCUAGACCCCAAGGAGCGCUCUGAACUGAGCCUUGGUCAUUUGUGCCUCAGUGUGUGGGUGUGUUGAUUGGAAAUAACUCCCUUCUUUGGGGCAAGUGCAAUACAAGUGCUAACUCAGCAAUAUUCUCAUGAAGACGCCGGGAGGCCUGAGCUGGCCUGAUCAACAGGUGAGGCGGAGCUAUUGGCUGCGAGACGAAUGCAAGUGCUUAGUUCCGCUACCAGCUCAGUCUCGAGGGUGUUGGGCCAACUUCAUAAAAUUAAAAGCAUCUGUGGCAGCGGGGAGCACUUCUGGAUCUGUUCUAGACAAAUUGAAUGUCGUCAGAGCACCUUGAUGUUUGUGUGAGAUGUGACUCUUCUGAUAUUUGUGGCAUGAGUUGUUUUCUCAUUGCUUUGAUGCAAUUUCUUUUUAUCAUGUCAUAAACCAAAAUAAAACGAUUAUUUUAAAAUCUAAUAGAAACAAUGAAUUUAAAAGCACACGAUUGCCAAAAAUGUUCAGUAGUGACUAAGUAGGACUUAAGGAAUGAAGGAUGCAGGCUUUGGGAAAGCUUUCCUAAUUAAACCUCAGAGAAAUGAAGGCAAGCUCAGAAGAAUCCGUUUGUGCUCUGAUAGGGCUUUCGUUCGUAUCAAUGAGGUCUGUGCAGCAGGAUUGUAUCCUCCAUUUAGUAAGAGUUAGCUUUCUUUUGCUUAGAGCAUUUGAAUACAAAUAUAUCUGAAGGGUUUAAGGUACUUCUCUUGUUGCUGCUUGAUGAAACCAUGCAGAGAGAGAGAGAGAUCAGCCUUUGACUUUGACAAGGAGUAGGUCUGUUUACAUUGUUAUAGCAGCCAAGGUUGCUGUAGGUUCAGUUUUAAGGCUGCCUACAUAGAACUGCUGUGGGAGGGUCAUGUGUAUAAGGUUGUAAUUUGCUUCCUAUAGAAUGCAGCCUAAGUGUUCAAGUACAUCACCAGCCUCCAACACAAAGGGCCCCUCUUCUACUAUUACACUGGCAAAAGCUGUGGUUAUCUUUCUUGUGCCAUCUAGGAAUGACAGAAGUUAAAGAUCAGACAGGAAGACCUGCUGAUAUGGCUCUUUCCCUCGCCAGCAGUGACCCUCCCAGAAACUAGGCUAGACUUGACGAAGGAGAGGAGCCGUGUUAUGGGCUCCUGCUACAUGAACUAGAUCUUCUGUGUUUCGGUGUGGGUGGGACAUGGCAGCAUAUCUCAUAUUGCUAAGGUAACUUAAAACUGGAUUCAGACUCCCUUUUUUGUGCCACAUACCCUCUGCAGCUCCUUUUCAGUUCUCUGAAGAAAUCCAUUGCACAACAGACUUUGCAGUCAUGCUGUGUCUGGCAUGCCGCAGGAAUCUUGUUUGCAGUGAAGUUCAGCACAUGUUGGAUUUCUUCAGGUGACUCAUUUCUCUGGGGAUCCCAGUGAACAAUAAUAGCAAAAGUCAUUGCAUAGUAAGGAAAAUGGAAUCAUUUGGAUCUAUUGGAAAAGCAGCGUAAUUACAAAAUGAAAACAUUCUGGCCCUACUUAUAAAGCCUCCUUUUUUGCCUUCAGUAGUGCCGAGGUGGAAGCACCACUGAACAGACUGAUUGUAUUUUAAAAUAUAACUAUCAAUCACCGCCACCUAGUCUUCCAUUGACUCUUUCUCUGUGAUGAACAGUAACAACAGCAUUCAAGAAAUGCUCUUAGAUAUCUGUCACACUAAACCAAGAGAUCCAGGCAUGACUGUUAAGCUGGAACAAAACAGCCUAAAAUUGAAAAAGUAGACUUGCCAAGGAAAAAGAUGCUUGCAAGCAGGUUCAAGUUCAAAAGCAUCCAUAGGAAUAUUUGCACUGAAGUAAGUUGUCACUUGUAGGCCUUUGGGACUUAGGACUUCAAAUACAUAGGUUCUGUUAGAAAAUACUCUGCCUGAUUACUUAUUCCAACCUGAAGAUGAAUUAUAUAAAAUGUAAAACUUAAUUUAAAUGUAAAAUUGUAUCUUUUAGAUUAUUUUGGUGUAAUUUUUACAGCAUUUGUAUUAAAAUAAGACUAUUUAAGCCAUUGAAUGCAACAGAAGAGCUGAAUGUGCCAGCUCUGUUUGUACUGUUAAGGGGCACUGUUAUAAAAUGUUGAUGCGUAAGAGAGAGAUGCUUCCUGGCGUUUUUGAAUGCGCGUUUUCCACUUCCACAUGUUUGUGAACUACCACUGAGCACAGCACCCCACAUUUUUUUGUUUCCACAGAGAACUCAUACUUCAGAUAUGCUUCCCCUCCUGCCUGCCUCCCCUAGUAAAUGCAUAUCUGAAACAGCGCUAAGGGUAAACCAUUCCAGAAGCUGUUUUUGACAUGCAAGCUUCAUUGACAACAAAGCAGAGUAGUGUAGGUGCUGUGCUUGGUUAAUUGCACCUCGGAUAGCUAAUUCCAUAUAUGAUUAAUCUUUCCUAGAGAGGGAAAAAAAGAGAUUUAUUAACUUAACACUACAAUUUAAAGCUGAAAACGAAACAGAUUGUUCAGUAGGGACCUCCCCCCCUUUACCCAAUAACGUCCUUUUGUUUGCAUGUCUCCUGUGCAAGGCACUAUUACUUGGGUUAGCAUAAAACUGUCAAAGAGUUGUAUGUAUAUACUGUAAAUUUUGAUCAUUAAAAUGGAUGCUUCAGUUGACUGUUUCUGGGAGGAGGUUAAUAAAACUUUGAUCUUUCCACCCUGUGAA